GCCAGCAGCAGAGGAGGGAGGGAGCCCCUGGACUGGAGCUGUGCUUUUUCAUGCCAGUGCCGAUGGGAGGCUGUUUGGACACACCUAUUACUCACCAGCCUCCCCCUUUUGUCUGCCAGCUCAACCUGACUCCUCAGAGGCUGUGGAGAGCUCCCUCCAGCCUGGGAAGUGAGCUGGACAGCUAAGCCAGGCUGCGCCCCAGCCCCAAAAGGCCCAUGCUGCAGCCAGAGCCCUCAGAAGGGUUGGGGGGCCAAAGGCCUGGUCUCUUGCUUAUGCUCCUGGCUCUCCUUGGCAUGGCCUGGGCAGAGAUGCCACCACCCCAGCUGCAGGAGGAGGAGGCUCCAAUGCCCAGAGCCCUGAGCAGAAAGGAAAGUUUCCUGCUUCUCUCCCUGCACAACCGCCUGCGCAGCCAGGUCCACCCCACUGCGGCCAACAUGCAGAGAAUGGACUGGAGUGAGACCCUGGCCCGAUGGGCUCAGUCCAGGGCGGCCCUCUGCGGUGCCCUACUCCUGAGCCCUGUCACCGCCCAGGAAGUGGGCUGGAACGUGCAGCUGCUGCCCAAGGGCUCCGUGCCCUUCCCCCAUGUGGUGGGCCUGUGGUUCUCCGAGGGGCAACAGUACAACCACGCGGCGGCCGAGUGUGCCCUCAACACCACCUGCGCCCACUACACCCAGCUCGUGUGGGCCACCUCAAGCCAGCUGGGCUGUGGGCGGCAGCCCUGCUCUGGGGCCCAGGCAGGAAUGGAAGCCUUUGUCUGUGCCUACUCUCCCGGAGGCAACUGGGAGGUAAAUGGGAAGACAAUCGCUCCCUAUAAGAAAGGUGCCUGGUGUUCUCUCUGCACAGCCAGUGUCUCAGGCUGCUUCAAAGCCUGGGACCAUAAAGGGGGGCUCUGUGAGGUCCCCAGGAACCCAUGUCGCAUGAGCUGCUGGAACCAUGGGCACCUCAACAUCAGCACCUGCCACUGCCACUGUCCCCCUGGCUACACGGGCAGGUACUGCCAAGUGCGCUGCAGCGUGCAGUGCGUGCACGGCAGGUUCCGGGAGGAGGAGUGCUCCUGCGUCUGCGACGUGGGCUACGAGGGAGCCGAGUGUGCCACCAAGGUGCACUUUCCCUUCCACACCUGUGACCUGAGGAUCGAUGGAGACUGCUUCACGGUGUCUUCGGAAGCAGACACCUACUAUGGAGCCAAGAUGAAAUGCCAGGGAAAGGGCGGGGUGUUAGCCCACAUCAGGAGCCAGAAAGUACAGGACAUCCUUGCCUUCUACCUGGGCCGCCUGGAGACCACCAACGAGGUGACCAACAGCGACUUUGAGACAAGGAACUUCUGGAUUGGCCUCACCUACAAGACCACUAAGGAUGCCUUCCGCUGGACCACUGGGGAGCAGCAGUCCUUCACCAGUUUCGCCAUCGGGCAGCCUGACAACCAGGGCAGGUUUGGCAACUGUGUGGAGCUGCAGGCAGCAGCUGCCUUCAACUGGAACGACCAGCGCUGUAAAACCCGAAACCGUUACAUCUGCCAGUUUGCUCAGGAGCACAUUUCCCAGUGGGACCAGGGGCUCUGAGGCUGGGCCAGGCCUUUCCCCUGCCAGGACUUGGUUGCACCAGCCCAGUCAGCCCAUCUGCCCACCUGUCUGGAACAAAAGCCGAGACCACAGGUCCAACAUCCAAAAAGGUUCCUGGCAAGAAAUGCGCAAGGGCUACAAAUGGGACUAACAGAGAGCUUGGCAUAGGAGGGGGGAGCCUGGGGCCCCUGAGCCUGCUUCUAUUUGGAAGAUGGACUCAAUUAGGUACCAGAAAGCGCCUGGGCCAGCAGUCAGAAGAGACCACCCUCCUCCAACUGGGGCAGACCUCUGGGGCAGAGGCGCUCCCUCACAGUCCAGGAUUGAGCCCCCAGAGGAUUAAACUAAAUUAUGA